AUGGUUGCUAAACGAAGACCGCUGUCAUUUCUGCACGUUUAUCAUCACAUUGUGACAUUGGCAUUAGUUUAUGUUGCACUGUGUGACAAGAUGUCACUUCAAUGGGUGGCUGUAGUGACUAACGGAUAUAUUCAUGUUUUGAUGUAUUAUUAUUACUCACAAGCUGCUGUUGGUGUGAAUGUCAGUUGGAAGAAAUAUUUAACAAUUUUGCAAAUUGCUCAAUUUGUGCUAGAUUUGGUGGUACCUCAAAUUUAUCUGUAUUAUGUCUAUGUUGCUGAAGUGAAAUGUGGAGGAAGUGAAGAAGUGUUAUGGCUUGGGGUGGCUGUGAUUUUAUCCUUCCUAUUGCUAUUUCUUCAAUUUUAUGUCUCUACUUAUCGAAACAAUGCCGACAGAAAAAAGAUAUAA